UAUCUAAGUUUGUCAUAUGGUUGGACCCUGUCACUAAAGCCUUUUAAGAUGCCUCCAUAUGGAAAGACUUAUUCAGUCAAUGAUCUGAUAGAAAAUGACAAGAGAGAUGAAAAAGAAAUCUCAAUCACACCAAACAAGCCAUCAAUGAAGCAGUUGAAUACUCUGGUGAAAGAUGUAGUUUCACGCAGUUCCUGGUGGGAUCUUUAUGGUAUUGAUCUAGCAAUCAUGUGUAUCAACUUUGCACUUCUGCCAAUCAGCUUACUCUUUAUGGGAUCUGUUAAUAUUCCUGUGUUUGUCACUGGUUACCUUCUGUUUUCUUAUAUUCAUGCCACUUUUACUGUGAAGUUGGCACAUGCAGCUGUUCACAAUGCACUGGCAGGCUCAUCACGUUUCUGGAAUGGCCUUCUGUCCAUAUUCUUUAUCGAGAUCUGGGGAGGUUUUACUGUGGAAGGCUCUUAUGAAGCUCACAUCCAGUUUCAUCAUCCUUACACCAAUGUGAUAGGUUUGGGUGAUUCCAGUUCAUGGCGAGUACCCUUCUUGGGCCGCAAUACAUACCUGUUUAUUGCACCUCUCUUCCUGCAACUUCUUUACCCUGUAGUUGGCCUAAAAUUGCUUGCAGGACGUUGGCAGUCCAAAGCAAGGUUUCUGUUUGUUACUAUGAUAGGGUAUAUAAUGCACUUCUGCUUGUUCCACUAUGUAGCUGGUCUGUCAGUUUUAGGAGCUAUCUUUUGCAACAUAACUGUGCGGACAGUUUUUGCCAUUCCUUACAUCCACGUCAACAUUUUUGAACACAUUGGUUUACCUAUGUACGAUGUCAAAAAACGUCCCAAGAGACUGUACCAAAUGGCAUCAUCAGCGCUUAGUCUUCCCCGUAAUCCCCUACUUGAUUUCUCCUUUGGUCACUCAGUAAUCAGCUGUCAUGUGGAGCAUCAUUUAUUUCCACAUCUGUCUGAUAACAUGUGCCUAAAGAUCAAACCCGUGGUAUCCAGCUACCUUAAGAGCAAUGGCCUUCCCUAUCAUGAAGCACCUUAUCUCAGCCAGCUGUGGAAAUUUUACAACAAUUACGAUGAACUUAUGAUCAAAGCACCACCAAUCACAGAGUUAAUUGGUAUCCAGUAA